AUGAUCAAACACAUCAAAUCAUGUCAAACAACGAACGAAGAUAUUCCAAAUACGUCUCUUAAUGUUAAAGAAUAUUUUCGUCCUAAAACUUCUCAACCUAUUGCAAGAAUGUUGAAAGAAAAAAUUACAAAUGUAGCUGUUGAAUUUGUUGCCUUAGAUAAUCGUGCAUUUGAACUUGUAUCUGGUGACGGGUUUAUUUAUUUAGCUCAAACAAUAUUGAAUGUUGGUCAAGAUUUAUCUAAAACAUCAGAUGUUGAUAUUUUGGAUUUAAUUCCGAAUCCAAGAACUGUAAGUGUCAGUUUCUGUGGUAUUGCUCUUUUUCAUUUAAAUGAUGAAUUAAAACUCCAUGUAUUUAUUUUGGGUUGUUUUCCUUAUGAUCGUCAUAAUCAAACAGCAAGUCAAAUUCGUCAAUUUGUUGACAGUAAAUUAAUGGAAUGGAAUUCAAUUUAA